GGGGCUUUUCUCAAUUGCAGGUCGCAUAAGUUCGUUCCUCUCCCCCUGGAAAGCAACUGAAGACGGUGCUGAGCGUAUGCUAAGGCGUCUGUUUGCUAGAGCAAUCCCGUCGCCGCCUACGAGAACCCGCCGUUUCAGCACCAUGGUCGCCUCCAAGCGCACCUUUUCCCUCGAGAGUUCCGUGCCUUUCGCUCUGCCUGCGACGACUACAGAGAUCAAAACCUACAAGCACGACGACUCGAACUUCCGUCUGGUCUUUUGCCCAGUGCCCGGUCCGCUAUGCUCUGCGUCUAUUGUUGUGCCUACUCUGGCGGAAGGGGAUGAAGGUCUCGCUCACACCCUGGAACACCUGGUGUUCUGUGGGUCGACUCUGAACGGUUAUACUCGAGGCUUCUUGGACUCCCUCGCUAACCGUUGUCUGAGCACCGGAACCAACGCUUAUACUACGGAAGAUCAUACGGCGUACACCAUCACAACAGCAGGUUCGGAGGGCAUGUUGGAGAUCUUGCCGGUCUUUUUGGAGCACGUGUUGUUCCCAACACUCAGCGAGGAGCAGUUUGUGACCGAGGUGCAUCAUCUGGAUGGGGACGCAAAGCACCAAGGGGUUGUGUACUGCGAGAUGGCGGGGAGGGAAAACACGGAAGCAGAUGUUCUGGACUUGACCUUGCGACGAUUGCUGUUCCAGAACGAGACGACAUACUCUCGGGAAUGUGGUGGACUGACGCAUGAAAUUGCAAAGUUGAAGAAUGAAGAGAUCGUGAGAUAUCACAAGAAGUUCUACCAUCUGGACAAUCUCACGACAAUCAUCUGCGGGCAGGUACCUCCUUCCGAAGUGUUCAAGAAGCUGGCGGAGGUGGAUGGACUCUUGGAAGCGAAACCAGCGUCGGAGGUACCCGCAAAGAUUCCGUCCAUCGUUGUUCCAAAGAUGCCUGGAGGUCCAGGGCAUGUGAUCAAGGAGACCGUGCCCUUUCCGUGCUCGGAUGAAGAGCUGGGGUCUAUCGCCUACGCCUGGCGAGGGCCACCUUCUGAGGACAUAACGACGAUCGUAGCGCUCGAUGUCCUGUUCCGCUAUCUUCACGAAACAUCAGCGUCCCCAUUUUCGCAAGCCUUUGUAGAGCGGGAAACGCCUUUUGCCUCUCAGGUGGACUUCGAAGUGCGCGGCUAUGUCGAGACCGCGAUUGAGCUUGUGUUUAGUGGAGUACCCUUGUCCAACGCUGAUCAGGAUGAUGCUUCGGACUCGAUGGAGAUUGAUGGAGACGAGGAAGGCUCCGAAUCUGAAUACAGCGAUGAGGAAAACGGCUCAGAGAGCGGAUCGGACGCGGGUUCUACAGGUCCUGCGGAGGACCUCAGACUCUUCGAACCCGGAGUUUAUCACGACAUGAUGAUGAAGGUACUGCUCGAUUUUCUUGCCGAGAGCGAAAGCAAACAGAGCGCCAUUCGAGGCGCGCUCUCCCGACAUCGCCGAAAGAUUCUGGAGGCGUUAGAGGAAGAACCGCUGGAGGCGUGCGCAUCCUAUAUCCUUCCUGAUGUCAUCCGGCACUCUCUGGCGUCGAGUUCGACAUUGAAGGAUACCCGAGCGCAAAAUGGUCGCCCCGUUAUCGGAACUCGGGCAACCAUUUUGAAGACCCUUGAAGAGCUGGCUGACAAGCCCAUGAAGUUUUGGUCGGAUCUAGUCACCCGGUGGCUAGUCGAUGUCCCCAAAAUCGAGGUUCACAUGAUCCCAGACCGUCAUCUGGCCGAGAAGCUAGCGAAGAAAGAACAAGACGAGCAGAAAGAGCGCGCAAAAGCUCUCGGGGCAAAGGGCCUUGCCCACCUGAAAGCAGUGCUGGACGACGCUGUUGAGAAGAACCGGGUGAUAUUAACUCCGGACGCGGUCGCGAAGAUGCCACCGGUCGCGGAUGUGACAAGAUGUGACAAAUUGGAGUCGGUCAUGGAAGUCAUGACGCUGGGAGAUACAGGCAGGCCGUUCGAUACCUUCCAGGUCGUGCAGACCAACACCGUCUUUUCCCACUUACGUUUGGGCAUGCACACACACGCCAUCCCUGAAGCAUUGCGGCCGUACCUCGUCCUGUUCCAGGAAUUGCUGUUCCAAUCGUCCCUGACCCUGCAAACACCGACGGGUACGACCGUCGUGGACUACCGGGAAGUUGUCCGGCAAUCCGCAGACCUCUUUGUCUCAUACGAAGCCGCCGUUGGUUUCGGCAACGAGAUUUGGAACGCCAGCUGGUUGAGCGAAGUAUUCAUGCUCUCAGCCAGUGCGGAACGGAAGGAUUGGACGAAGAUGGUUCGCUUCCUGGCUCAGGUGCUGAUGUGUACUACAUUCACGGAGGAGCGACUUGUCACAAUCGCGAAGAAUCUACUCAGCGAAAUCACCGAACUGAAGCGGGAUGGGCCGGAUAUGCUGUCUGCCGUCUGCACUCGUGUGACUCUUCCGUUCGACAAGCAGCACAAAGCGGUUGAAGGGAACAGGAACGACCUGUAUCUCACACUGUUCAGGCAGGAAGGGUUCCUGAGGGGGGUCAUUGAGAAGAUCAAGGCAGGAGGAGUACAGCAGGUUGUGGAAGCCCUGGAGCAGAUUAAAUCGUGUCUGAUCAACCCGUCACAACCCACUGGCGGCCCUGGGUUUGCCCAGAUUGCCGUGCAGGACGGGUCUCCAAGUCAUCUGGUUGAGGAGGUGGUCAAGAUCUGGGACGAAGAAGUCGCACUGUACAACAAAACGCACGGAAGCUCAGGUUCAACAGCAGUGACCCGCGCUGCUCAACAAUCGCCGUUCCCGUACCCACGUCAACCAUACGACGCCUCGUCCGCCGACCUAACGUUCGGAAAUGCAGUCCUGAUCCCCAUCCCAGGAGUAACGACCACCUUCUUGGCACAGAUCGUUCCAUGCGAUGUGCUCCGACCCCAUCCGCACCCGGAUUACUAUGCAGUGACUCUCCUCGCCGAAAUCCUCACUCGGGCCGAGGGACCGCUCUACCUCGCCAUCCGCGGUCAAGGCUACGCAUACGACGCGUCCAUCCACAUCUCACUCUGGACCGGUCAACUCUCGUUCGAGCUGUACGAGUCCUCCGAGCCGCAUCGCGCCCUCCUCGAGUUCUACGGCAUCCUCAAUAAAUUGCAGACGGAUGCCGGGUUUGAGGAGCUCUGCAGCGAUUUCCAUAUCGAGACGGCGAGAGCGUCGGUGGCUUACAAGGCUGCGAGCGCGAAGUCUACGAGUGGAGGGUUGAUUGUGGGCGCGUUGAGGAGUGUGUUGAGGGGCUUCAAGACUUUGGAAGAAGAAGAAGUCUUCCAUAAAGAGUUGUAUAAAGUGGACAAGACGGCGCUGAAACGCGUCUUGCAUACUUACUUCCUGCGCUUCUUUGACACCAACAGGUAUGAAGCGAGCGCUCUAUUGCGGUCGUAGUUCAUCCGACCAAUGUAUUAACGCAUUUUCCAUUCUCAACAGCCGCAUAACCGUGGCAA